AUCUUUGUUUUUUUUAAAUAGUGGAAUUAAAAGAUGGGAGAAAUAGCCCAACGAUUUUGCAUUCUACUGGAAUUUUUAUGGAUCAUCAGCUUACUAGUUCUCUCUCAGAGGUUGUUGCUAAGUCCAGUUUUCCUAUGAUUGUAUGGUUACAGUAAAAUAUUGUUUCUAAUAUACAGUAGCAUACCUCCAUUUAUACAGCAGGAUAUUUAUUGAAUCAGGGACAGAAGAAAUAAUAUGGCUUCAUUCACAUUUCUGUUUAAUUUGGAAGAGUGACUCUGAGUGCUACACAGAAUGAAAUUCCUUGGAGAUUCUGUGUUUCUCCCUAUAUUCUUCUUUACCUUUUGGUCUGCUUUAACCAAGCAUUGCAACAUGCUAGUUCUUGAGGAUUGCAAAGCCCCUUAUGACUAUGAGUACUAGAUCUUAUUGCAUUGUUGGCUCAAGGACAUGCAUUCCUUGUACAGGAGGAAAUAGACAAGAAACUGCUUGCUUGCAAAGGAGAUAAGCUCCUUUCUGCAAAGUGUUGUCUGAUUUACAAUAUUUCUUUUUUUUUUUUCAGCCUCUUCUGACCUUACCGAUCUUUGCUAUGAGCAUUCUUUGUCAGUUUCUUACAAUGCUUUGCAUUGUUUUUACAAGAUAGGUGACCUGUGGUGAAAAUCAAGCAAGAAAGACAAUGACAAGCACAGUACCUUCCAAGAAGCCUUACCGUAAGGCUCCACCACAACAUCGUGAGAUUCAUCAUGAGCUGCCCAUUCUGUGUGAUGAAUAUGAUGGCGUGAUUUUGGCAGAGCAGAAUCAGGAGCCCUUGACAGAUGCAGAAAGGAUAAAGUUGCUGCAGCAUGACAAUGAGGAGCUGCGUCGACGUCUGACCUAUGUCACCAAUAAAAUGGAAGCAAUGGAGAGGGAGUUGGAGUCUGGGCAAGACUACCUGGAGAUGGAGUUGGGCCAAAAUCGAGAAGAGCUAGAAAAAUUUAAAGACAAAUUCCGUAGAUUGCAAAAUAGUUACACAGCUUCACAAAGAACAAAUCAGGAUUUGGAGGAGAAGCUGCAUGCCCUGAUUAAAAAAGCUGAAAUGGAUCGGAAAACUCUUGAUUGGGAAAUUGUGGAGCUUACCAAUAAGCUUCUGGAUGCCAAAACAACUAUCAAUAAACUAGAAGAGCUUAAUGAGCGAUACCGGCUAGACUGUAACUUAGCAGUGCAGCUCUUGAAGUGCAACAAAUCUCACUUUCGAAACCACAAAUUUGCUGAUCUUCCAUCUGAGCUUCAAGAUAUGGUCAACAAGCACUUGCAAAACACUCAGGAUUCUGUAGGCCCUGACCAGGAGGAACUGCACACCUUGGCUCCCUCUGAUGUUGUGCCCACCUCAGUCAUUGCUAGAGUGUUGGAGAAGCCAGAAUCACUUGUGCUGAACUCAGCCAAAUCCAGCAGUGGAAGUUGCUCUAUGGCUGAAGAUGUUUUUGUGCACGUAGAUAUGAGUGGCACUCUUCCUGAAACUUGUGUGAGUUCGGGGCAAGGAGAAAGCAAGGGGAAGGAGGGAUCUAGACAGCAAAAUGGGAGCUACAAGUCACAGAACUGCUUGGAGAGCCUGCCAAAGGAGGUGCCUACUUUUGAGAAACUAAGCCCAUAUCCCACCCCUCCCCCUCCCCACCCCAUGUAUCCAGGGCGCAAAGUCAUUGAGUUUUCCGAGGACAAGGUGCGGAUUCCAAAGAACAGCCCGCUGCCCAAUUGUACUUAUGCUACCCGCCAAGCUAUCUCUUUGAGCUUAGUCCAGGGAGAGGAUGAGAACUGUGACAGGCAGCGCCCCUUUCCCAGCAGCCCAGCCUCAGGUCAACGCUCUGCCUCCAGCUGCUCCUACCAACCUUCCCCCAAGUUGAGCCGGGUUCCUGGAUCUUCUCAAAGCAGCCCCUUCAGCAGCCCCCCACAGGUUCCCAGCACAUUUGCCAGCUCUGCCAGCUCCGAGGAGGAUUUACUGGCCAACUGGCAACGGGUGUUUGUAGAUAAGGCUCCUCCUGCCACAGAGCAGGUGCUAGUAAACCGGACUGCAUUUAGCCGUGACACGGCACAGGAGCUCCAGAAACGUUUCAGCCGCUCCAUGCAAGAGUUAGGUCGGGUAGCUUCCGCCUACUCAGAUGGCGAAGAAUCUGUGCAGAGCUGCAGCUGGACUGUAAGCAGGGACUCGAGCGUGGACAUUGACAGCACAGAGUUUCGGAGUCGCCGGAACCACUUCUCUUCUGACUACAGCACAGAUUUCUCCCAGGACGAAAGCUGCAAAUUACUGCAAGGGUCCGGUACUGAGGGGAUGGCAGAGCCUGUCAUUUCUUCGCCAGAGAAGUCCAAAGAUUACCCAGACUACCCAUCUGGGAGCCCAGCUGAAGAACAGGAAUUGCUGUUCCAGGACAGGAGGGUGAACAGCCAGGAGGGGGUUUCGGAGCAGAGCAAGGAUGCCAAGAGCAAGCCACCUCCUGGGCGCCCACAUCGCAGCCCCAAAAGAAUGGGGGUUCAUCAUUUACAUCGGAAGGACAGCUUAACCCACGCUCAGGAGCAAGGCAACUUACUUACUUGAGAAUGGAGAAGAAGAAUUGUCUUGGCUACCCAGGUUGAGUGUUGCAUUCUCUUCCCAGGGUUGCCCUUCAAGCCCCGAGGCUCAAAGGAUUGCCAUCUCGGUUUUUUUGCCAGGAAUUCUAGGCAAUGUUUAAGUAUUUACUGUCUUUUUAAUACAUGGGAAAGGGGGAAACAGCUCUAACACCAGGAUGCACUUGGGUGUAUGCUGGCAACUCUUUUGUGCUUAUGUUGACUGUUCAAGCACUCCUCAGGUGUGGAUAAGAGAUAGAAUUGUGCUCUCUGUGCCUACCGUCUUCAACCUGUUCUCCUUGUCUAGAAGGCCAAGAUCUAGAAAAUAGUUACACUGAGUCCAAUUAUAAUAAUAUAUAUGAUUGGAAAACCAGCACAAUUUUAGAUCUACACAAGCACUCUAACUAUGUGAAAUUGAAUCUGGUGGUAAUUACCUCACAGGCUUUCCCUCUUAAAAGGUAAAGAACAAUGGAGCAGUUAAAACAAAGAUAUGCUUUCUAUCUCCCCUCCAUGCAUCCUUUCUCAAAAUGCAUGGUGCGGGAUUCCACCUGACUUCAUUUCUUCAAAAAUUCUGCCUUCACACUUACUGAUCAGUUCCAAUUGAUUCAAAUUAAGUCCUGAGACACCUGAAGCCUGUCUUUCUACCUUUUUGGCUCAUGGCCCAGGAUAGGAAUGUUUAGUCCCUAUUUCCUUGCCUCAAUCUCCCACCAAGCCAUCAGGCGAAGAAGAUGAAUGAAGUGAGAAGCCUUCUGUGAGUGAACAGAAGUUCUGUAAGCUUUUGGUGAAUUCUGUAACAUUUGGACGAGUUCCUGUUUGUUUCUCCAAGGCUUCCUGUGGCUGUAUGCAUUGGUCAACAGGGCAGAUGAGGCACAGGAAUCACCUCUACCAUUUCUUUACAUGUUGCAUAUGAGGAGUGGGGCUCUAUAUUUGGGAACUUGGGGUUUUCGGCCAAACUAGACCUCAGACUCCCUGCCAUAGUCUCCCAACUUGGGCUAGAUUGUUUGCCAUAAUGAACUGAGUAGCUGUCUGUUUAGCUAUCACUUGGAUACUUUGGAUCGUGUCUUGGUGAUAGUAUACUAUCUAUGUUUUCCUUUGGAUUAGUCUUCCUCACUCUUAUUCUUUAGAUGUGUAGGGGCUAAAAUUCUCAGCAAGCGUGACUGUAUAGGCUUGUGUGGUUUCAACACUUCUGAGGGGAUGCCAAAUUGAGGAAGGCUGCUUCAGGUCUUCAGCUGUUAAUAUGUACUUAUCUCUCCAUUUUUGGGUGAGCAGAAAGGUGUGGUGGAGUGGGGUGGUACAUGCUGUAGAAGAGAUAGCUCAGCUUUUUGAUUUUGAGUCAUCUUAAUCUAAGACUAAACCAUACAGCCAGAUUGCCUCUUGAUGACUCUUCUUGGCACAAAAUUAGAUACUUCUUGUUUGCCCCCUUGGAGAUGGCUGAUGAAGAUGGGCAUCCCCAUAUGGGGUCCAAAUUGACACUAGUGCCUUUCCAAGGCCUUAUCCAAGGUCUUUUAUUCCCUUUCCCCCUUUUUUUGUUUCCUAUUUGUAUUCAGUAUUUUGUUCUUCCUUUCUGGCUAUGUUUUUGUGUGUUAUUUGCGCAUCAGAGGGGAGGGACUAAUUUCAUAGUGUUAAGAAUUUUUCAUCAAAGAAUCAAACUUCCAUAUUUGAAUUCAUUAGCCUGCCAUGCUAUUCAUGCAACCAGAGAAACUUCUUGGCUACUUCCCUUAAUUGUUUGCCAGUUAUUUGUUUGAAUGAGACUUUGGUAAUUUUCUGUUAGAGAAUAUUACGGCCUUUCUUUUCAAAUACAGCAAUCUGGUCAUACCUGACCUUUUGGAUAUGGUCAUGUUUAAAUUCUUAUUAAUGGACCAUUCCUUUAGUUAAGCUGCUAGCUACUACAUUGUAUUAGUGAGAUGUAACACAGUAUUUUUUGCUAAUAAACUGGCGCUAAAUAUAUUAUUCCUUUAGCUUACAUAAUACUUAGUGGUCUGAUUUCUUCAGCUGAUAUUUAUUUACUUCUUUGUUCAUUCUCCUGAUUUAGCUUGUGAAUUCCUUGAAUUUUCUCUGCACUACAUGGAAGAGGACAAAGGUCACUAUUUUUUUCUGUUCCAGUCCUCCUGUAUUCUUUUAAAUCAGGUUACUGAUGGAGAUAGGGCAGCUUGGUGACCUUUUAUUUAAACCAGUAUUGGUUGAAUCUUAUCUAGUUGAAAUGAAAUAAUUCUCAUGAGCUAAUUGGGUCAAUGGAAUCGAUUUGAGACCAUUUCGGUUACAAUAUGUUAAAUCCAGAUUCAGUUCUCCUUUCUGUGUUUGGCUGCAUAAAACAUUCCGAAAGUGACAGAAGUAUAGCUGAUAACCAGAUGAUUAAAAAUAAAAUCCUCCUCUCCUUAGGUACAUUGAGCUAAAGAAGGAACCCCAUAAAAUAUCAUCUCAGGGUCGCUACCAUCCCUCUUUUGGCCCUCACAGCCCUCCAAGUGGGUGGGAUUUAAACUUUUGGAUUUUUUUACAUUUAAAAAAAAAGUUGGAUGUGGUUUAAGAGCCAAAAAUGGAUAAUGUAAACCUUGCAGAGGUUAUGGGUACCCAUUUAUCCCCUUAAGCUAACCCCUUCUAUAAGUGACCUUUGAAGUGCUGUUGACAUGCCGCCCAAGCACUUGGGUAGUCCUGUAGGUAAUAACUUAAUGGGCUAAAGGCUGGGGGAAGAAAGCCAGAAGAAAAUAAAUAUUUUUUUUUAUUAUUAUAAAGGAAUAGUAUAAUUUAUCAGGUGAAUUGUGCAAUCUGGCUUCUUAGUCCUUCACCUCUGGCAGUAUUUUGUUGGAGAACUUGAAUUGACUCAUUUUAGCUGUUCCCACACUUCAACUCAAGACUGUUAACCUACAACUAAAAUGUUUUGGUGGUGGUGGUGUGUGUUUUGUUUUGGGUUUUUUUGGAUUUUUUUUUGGUUUUGUUUUGAGAUUUUCAAACUGAUAAUGUAUAUUUUAAAG